AAAAAUAUCGGCAUGCAGAUGAUCUAUCAAAGUUUUGCAACAGACCAAAGAAAAAAGAAAACAAAAGAGUACAGCUUGAAUCCUCUCCUGGCAAACAGAUCAGGGAGCAAUGGGUUUGAGCAGGAUGUUCUUGCAAGUGAUGUGUGUUUCUGUGUUAGUGUCGGGAAUGGCAGCUGCAGCAGUAGCAUUUCCAAUAGCCAAGAGGCCUCACUGCCAGGAUCAGUGUGGAGAUGUUAAGAUUCCAUAUCCAUUUGGUAUUACUGAAGAUUGCUACCUAAAUAAAUAUUUUCGCAUUAAUUGUGGUAACGAUUCGUCCGGCCGUCCCCAACCAGUGGUCGGAAAAAAUCUGGUUGUCACAAACAUUUCCAUCGACGGCGAGCUUGACAUCUUGAUGUAUAUAUCCCGUCAAUGUUACGAAAACUCGAGUGGGGUGCUUGGGUAUAACAACAAUCCCUCUCUCCGAGUCCCUGCUUUCACAAUUUCCAACACCAAAAACAAGUUUGUGGCUGUUGGCUGCGACACUUACGCCUACCUCAAUGCUUACCGGAACAAUGAACGCUUCUCCAUAGGCUGCAUGUCUAUAUGUCGAAGUCCCAAGAAUGUCAUCAAUGGGUCAUGCUCUGGGAUUGGGUGUUGCCAAGUUGAUAUCCCAAAAGGAUUGAAGAACUUUACUUUGGAUGCACGUAGCUAUAACAAUCACACAAGAGUAUCCAAAUUCAAUCCAUGCAGCUUUGCUUUUGUGGCUAAACAAGACAGCUUCAAAUUCUCCUCCGUUUAUCUUAGAAACAUGCCAAACAGGAGGACCCCAAUGGUUCUUGAUUGGGCGAUUAAUGGUAAAGAAACAUGUGAAAAUUCCAAGAACGUAUGUGGAAGGAAUAGUCAUUGUUAUCAUCCCGAAAACGGGGAUGGGUACAGAUGCAGGUGCAAUAAAGGUUAUGAAGGAAAUCCAUAUCUCGUUGAAUAUGGUUGCCAAGAUAUUAACGAGUGUGAUUCAAUUCCGAAACCGUGCGUUACUACAGCAACAUGCAACAACAUUGAUGGAAAUUUCACAUGUACUUGCCUUGACGGAUACGAAGGCGAUGGGAAGAUCAUAAACGGAACAGGAUGCAGGCCUAAAGCCUCGGCCGGCCGAUCUAGCAUUCAUAUCAUUAUUCCACUUGCUAUCAGCAUUGGCAUUUUGGUAUUGUUCAUGGGAGGUUCUUCAAUAUAUUGUGGACUCAAAAGAAGAAAACUCAUCAAGCUAAAAGAGAAAUUUUUCCAACAAAAUGGAGGCUUAUUGUUACAACAAAAACUCUUGAAUUAUAGAGCUUCUAUGGAAGUUGUCAAAAUCUUUAGUGCGGAGGAAUUGGAAAAAGCUACCAACAAUUACGAUGAGAGUAGAAUGCUUGGCCAAGGAGGCUAUGGAACUGUUUAUCAAGGAGUCCUACCAGAGAACAAAGUUGUUGCUAUCAAGAAAUCAAAAGUUUGUGACCAAAGUCAAAUUGAGCAAUUCAUAAAUGAGGUAAUUGUGCUUACACAAAUUAACCAUAGAAAUGUGGUUAAGAUGUUAGGCUGUUGUCUAGAAACAGAAGUACCAUUACUAGUUUAUGAAUUCAUCACAAAUGGUACUCUUUCUAACCACAUUCAUGAUAAAAGCAUAUCAUCCUCAUUCUCAUGGGAAAAGCGUUUGAAGAUAGCUACAGAAACAGCAGGGGCACUUGCAUACUUGCAUUCCUCGACUUUUGUGCCGAUUAUACAUAGGGAUGUGAAACCUGCGAAUAUACUUUUAGAUGAUAACUAUUCUGCAAAAGUAGCUGACUUUGGAACUUCAAUAUUGGUCCCUCUGGAUCAAACAGAAGUAGCUACACUGGUGAAGGGAACUUUUGGAUAUUUAGACCCAGAAUACUUCUAUAGUAACCGACUUACAGAAAAAAGUGAUGUCUACAGCUUUGGUGUUGUUGUGGCCGAGUUAUUGACAGGUAUGAAAGCCGUUUCAUUUGAUAGGCCUGAAAUGGAUAGAAGUUUGGCAAUGUACUUUAACUCUGCAAUAGAUGAUGAUCGCCUACAUCAAAUUCUUGAUUAUCAAAUUGUUAGUGGCGAUAACAUUAAUGCAAUAAAAGAAGUUGCUAAUCUUACAAAACGGUGCUUAAGUGUAAGAGGGGAGGAUAGGCCAACUAUGAAGGAACUCGCAAUGGAGCUAGAGGGGUUGAGAAUUAUGGAAAAACAUCCGUGGGCAAAGGCUGAUCUGUAUACAGAAGAGAAUGAAUACUUGCUCAGUGAACCUAUACACUCUUUAAGCAUUGGUGUCGACGUAGACUAUUCUUUUAGUUCAAGCACAACUUUUGGAUUUGACAGUAUGAGGAACCAAUUAGUUGUGAAUUAACCAUUGGGUGAUGAUAGAUGAUGAGUUUAGUCAAC